CGUCCCGUCCCGUCCCCUUCCUCACCCCAAACCCUAGCUCGCCUAACGCGCGUCGCCGCCACCGCUCCGCCGUGCCGGCCGUCUAGGUGCGGACUCAGUGGCAUACGGUUGCGUGCCAUGCCCAGCUUCGAGCCCGCCCCCGGUGAGGGUGGCCAGACCGAGGCCGCCGACACCGCCGAUUCCGUGAACGAUUCGGUAAAUCCCGAAGCCGCGGAGGCGGAGGCGGAGCCGGAGCCGGAGGUGGAGGCUGAGGAAAAGGUGGAUGACGAACCCAUGGUGGACGGUGAAGAAGAAGACCACGCCGUUGGUUCUCCCAAGGUUUUGGCGGUGCCCGAAGAAGAGUGUGUUGAGGAAGAUGGGGAGGAGCACAAGGCCGACGACCUAGUGGAUGCACCUCCCAGCGCCGUUGAGUCCGCGGAUGUUUCGGCCAAGGCCGAAGGCAACGGCGUGGAGGAAGAGGUGGAGGAGCACCAAGGUGAUGCCCUGGUGGAUGUUUCUGUGGCUGAUCAGGUCAAGAGUGAAGUUCAGGAAAAUGAGGGGACAGAGGUGAAGGAUGAGGCCCAGCAAAAUGAAGAGGCUGAGAUGAAGGAUGAAGAGGCUGAGAUGAAGGAUGACACCCGGGAAAAUGAAGAGCCUGAGACGAAGGAUGACACCCAGGGAAAUGAAACUGCUGAGAUGGAGGUCGAUAAAGCAGGAAAUGGAGAUGGGCACACCGAGGCCAAGGUGGAUGGCGACAACGGCAGCUCGCUGAAAGAGGAAAGUGACGUUGGUGGAGAUAAUAAGCAGGAUGCCAACGGCGAGGAUCAGCCAAUGUUGGCGCCACCCGGAGAAGUUGGGGACCAGAACUUGUCUGACAAGGUCUCAAACAGCUCCUUCAUGUUUGAUUACACUAGUGGGGGCGAUGACUCUGGGACGGAAGAGGAGCAGGCUGAGUUCAUCAAGGAGCUUGAACGCUUCUACACGACCAAGUUAAUGGAAUUCAAGGCCCCAAAAUUUUAUGGGGAAGGGUUGAACUGCCUCAAGUUGUGGAGACAAGUAACUGGAUUGGGUGGCUAUGAUCAGGUGACAUCAUGCAAACUGUGGCGUCAAGUGGGAGAGUCAUUCAAACCUCCAAAGACAUGCACAACUGUUUCAUGGACCUUCCGUAACUUCUAUGAAAAGGCACUCCUUGAAUACGAGAAACACAAAAUUGAAACAGGCGAGUUCCAUGUGGCUGCAUCUACUUUAACAGAUCGAAUUGCUUCUGAUAGUCAGGUGGGUGGAAGCCAAUUAGGAUCUGGAAGAGCUAGAAGAGAAUCUGCAACUCGUGCCAUGCAAGGCUGGCAUUCUCAGCGCAUGCUUGGCAAUGGUGAAAUCGCUGAUCCAGUAAUUAAGGACAAAGCGGUUAUGCCUGCCCUGAAGAAGGAUAAAAAUUUGAAAAGCAGUGGUUCGGCCAAGAGGAAAAAGACACCAACCUUGGAAGAUGAAAGGCCAAUCAAAUCUGAGAAGCUACAAAAUGACUCGACAGUAGUUGACAUGGGCCCCCCUGCUGACUGGGUGAAGAUAAAUGUUCGUAGAACUAAAGAUUGUUAUGAAGUCUAUGCAUUGGUUCCUGGGCUUCUUCGUGAAGAGGUACAUGUUCAGUCAGAUCCUGCUGGUCGUUUGAUAGUUACUGGAGAGCCUGAGCAACUAGAUAAUCCUUGGGGUGUUACUCCAUUCAAGAAGGUCAUUAGUUUGCCCUCCCGCAUUGAUCCUCACCAAACCUCGGCAGUUGUCACUCUCCAUGGGCAGCUAUUUGUUCGUGCACCGUUUGAGCAGUCAAAAUCAUGAAGCUCUACUUGAUGAAGUAGAAAAUCCAUGUUGCCAUGUUGGUGGGAUUAUGUGAUGGUUGCAUGUGCCAAGAAGUUUGCCUACCCUGGUCUUUGUUCCAGUCUAGUUCCUUUGUGCUUCAAGGCUCUUCAGCGAUGUUGUAUGUUCUGUGUAUUGAUCGAUUCUAACUAAUUAGAUGGCUUAGUCCUGUGCAUUGCCUGUGACAUUUAGCGUAAGGUCCAACCUCCCAAGUGUAGCCUAGAAUCCUGAUGGUCAAAUGUUCAUGGUUUAUUUGUUCCUUUUCUUUCCGUUUAACCAUAAAGGGAUGAUGAUGGUUUGUAGCGUCGUAGCUUUUUUUUCCUAAUACCUGAGUAUGUCAUACCCUUCAGAACAGAGGCAGGAGGAGUUCUCAGUAUAUGCCAUGUAUCUUGCC